AUGCGAAUCUUUGCUCUUAUUCUACUUGUUCAGCUUUUGGAAUCUACACGGUUCAGGAAUCUUCCAACACUCCAAGGAUCGGUUCAGUCUUUGGUGGACACUCAUUUCGGGCUACAGUACUGCAAAAUACCAAAGACUGGCAGCACGAUAACCCGAACAAUCCUUUGUGACAUCUUUCGAGAGUAUCGAGGAAUGAAUUUCACCCAAGAAUUCACCGAUAAUCAAACUGGUGAAAAUGCUUGUGUGGCAAAUGCAUGGUUUCCCGAUGAUGGGGAAACAAUUUGGAAAAAGCCACGCCGUGUGACGAAAUUCACGUUAGUGCGAGAUCCCGUUGACCGAUUCGUUUCGUUAUAUGGACAUUUUUGCGGAAUCCUGAAAAGAUGCGGUGAUCGAA